AUGAACGGUACAGAGGGACCGGCAUUCUACGUGCCUAUGUCCAACGCCACCGGCAUUGUUAGGAGCCCGUACGAGUAUCCCCAGUACUACCUGGUGGCGCCAUGGGCAUACGCCUGCCUAGCCGCGUACAUGUUCUUCCUCAUCCUCACCGGCUUCCCCGUCAAUUUCCUCACUCUGUACGUCACCAUCGAGCACAAGAAGCUACGUACACCUCUCAACUACAUUCUGCUGAACCUCGCCGUUUCAGACCUCUUCAUGGUGUUCGGUGGCUUCACCACGACGAUGUACACCUCGUUGCACGGCUACUUCGUUUUGGGACGCCUCGGCUGCAACCUGGAAGGCUUCUUCGCCACCCUGGGCGGUGAAAUGGGCCUUUGGUCCCUGGUGGUGCUGGCCUUCGAGAGGUGGAUGGUCGUCUGUAAGCCCGUGAGCAACUUCCGCUUCGGAGAGAACCACGCCAUCAUGGGUGUUGUCUUCACCUGGAUCAUGGCCUCCUCCUGUGCCGUGCCUCCCCUGGUGGGCUGGUCCCGUUACAUCCCCGAGGGCAUGCAGUGCUCCUGCGGAGUCGACUAUUACACUCGUGUACCUGGCGUUAACAAUGAGUCCUUCGUCAUCUACAUGUUCGUCGUGCACUUCAUGAUUCCGCUCGUCGUCAUAUUCUUCUGCUACGGCCGCCUGGUCUGCACCGUCAAAGAAGCCGCUGCCCAGCAGCAGGAGUCCGAGACCACCCAGAGGGCCGAGCGCGAGGUCACCCGCAUGGUCAUCAUCAUGGUCAUCGGCUUCUUGAUUUGCUGGACCCCCUAUGCCAGCGUGGCCUGGUAUAUCUUCUGCAAUCAGGGAAGCGAAUUUGGGCCUCUCUUCAUGACAGUGCCAGCCUUCUUUGCCAAGACCGCUGCUGUCUACAACCCGUGCAUCUACAUCUGCUUGAACAAGCAGUUCCGUAACUGCAUGAUCACCACCCUGUGCUGCGGCAAGAACCCCUUCGAGGAGGAGGAGGGCGCCUCCACCACUGCAUCCAAGACCGAGGCUUCGUCCGUGUCUUCCAGCUCCGUGUCCCCUGCGUAA